AUGAGCCAGGAUUACUUCCCAUCCGCGUCCAAGGGCAAGGCUCCGGCCGCCGCCAGUGGACAGGACGACAACCAAGCUGACACCCAACCUCCAUCGACAUCAGCGCGGCCAGCUUAUAUGACCGUUGGCACCGGCUCGACGUCGCAACAUGCUACGCGACUGCAGUCUAUUCUUGACAACGAUUCGGGCUAUGGUGGAAGCAUAGCGGGUGACGAAGCUGCUUUGUCAAAGCUGCCUCUAGGCUCGUCCCGGACCGAUCCCUCCUUGUCAGCAGACAUGCCGUUGAACCGUCGACCUACUGGGAACCCCGAGACGGAUCAACGGAACCAGCUCGCAGCCAUAUCUCAACUAUGGUACAAUCAGCAGCGAGUCGCCCUUGGGCGCUCCAUCAACAGGGUACUCGAGCUUCUUGAGGGCCUCCAAGAGAUGAACGUCACCUGGCCGGCGCAUUACCCGUCUGUCCAACGAGCCGACGCCACGAGCAACGGAAGGCGGCCGUCGUCGUCUUCUUCGUCGCGACCGGUCCUUCAACACGCCUUCUCUAUGGCACCUGGCGAGCCGUCGAUUCCACAUGGCCAUCCUGCACACCUGCGGCGAACCAUGACGAACUUCGUCGACCAUGAAGCCGCUGCCGCCGAAUCGAGCAAAGACGCUGAGAGCAAAGUUGCCGCCGACGCCCCUAGACUCGUCACCCCCCAGAUUGCUCAGGAAUUCUCCGUAUUGAAGCUAGAUCUUAAACUAGGCGCUUUGCAUCAGACCGAGCUUGUCCACUCCCUCGAAAAAGGUUCGGUCGCAUCCUUGCUCGACGGCAAGAUUCGCACGAGCAUGAAACAUCUGGCUUCACUCAGGGAACGAAUCGAUGACACUGCCAGCAAGGUUUUAGUGACGGGAGACUUGAAUGCGGGCAAAUCGACAUUCUGCAAUGCUCUGUUGCGACGCAAAGUUCUACCUGAAGACCAGCAACCAUGUACGAGCAUAUUCUGCGAGGUGUUGGAUGCUAGGGAAAAUGGCGGCAUCGAGGAAGUCCACGCUGUUCACAUGGAUGCCGUCUACAACAGGCAUGAUGAAUCGACAUACGACGUUUUCCCCAUGAAGGAUCUGGAAAAGAUCGUCAUCGACAAUACUACCUACAUGCAGUGCAAGGUCUACGUGAAGGAUGUCCGCAGUAUCGAUGAGUCAUUACUCAACAACGGAGUGGUGGACAUUGCGCUCAUCGACGCGCCGGGCCUCAACUCGGAUACGACUAAGACGACCGCCAUAUUUGCGCGGCAGGAAGAAAUUGACGUCGUCGUCUUCGUUGUUUCUGCCGCCAACCAUUUCACUCAGUCCGCAAAGGAAUUCAUAUGGGCAGCCGCUUCGGAGAAGGCAUACAUCUUCAUGGUCGUCAAUGGAUAUGAUAUGAUUCGAGAUAAAGAACGAUGCCAGAAAAUGAUCUUGGAUCAGGUGUAUGGUUUGAGCCAUCAGACCUUCAAGGAGUCCACCGAACUGGUGCAUUUCGUAUCCAGUAAUGCCGUGCCCAUGGCGCCAUCGCCUCCAGGUGGCCCGGGUGGGAGUGGCGGUGGUAGCUCCAGCGGUGGGGGUGGAGGUGACGACCCGAGUGAUGAUCCCAAGGGCAAAGGAAAAGAAAAGGAGAAGGUUCAAGAUUUCGAAAAGUUGGAGCAGUCUUUGAGGCGUUUCGUACUGGAAAAGCGAGCUCGAUCGAAACUCGCCCCAGCCAAGACGUACCUCACGAACAUUCUCAAUGAUGUCAACGUUCUUGCUACCGUCAACUCGGAAGUGGCACAGUCUGAGUUGGAUCGAGUGACGAGAGACCUGCAAGUGCUCGAACCACAGCUUGAGUCGUCCAAGAAAGCGAAGGCGGAAGUCAGCGACCAAAUCGACCAGACUAUCGAUGAGACAUGCAAGGAGAUAUAUGACCACACACGGACGACGUUGAAUUCUGCAAUCACUCAUGCCGGCGACAGCAACCUUGGUGUACCUUACCCAGGUCUAUUCAAUGCCUUCCAGUAUGCCGAGGAUCUGAAAGAGGCGAUGCUAUCCGAGAUCUCAUCUUCGGUCACCGCUUGCGAGGAAAAUGCUAGAGCGCGGACGGUCGGUGGUGUCAAUGCGAUAAAACAACUCGGCUUAUUGCAUCUUGGUAACGAAUACCAUGAUCUGAACUUCCGCUCCGAUGUAAUGUUCAAACGGCGGCGAGACUUACUAGCAAAGCAAAUCGACAUACCAACUGAGUUCUGGGAUUUUGUCGACUGGUCUACUGUAUUGCAACGUCAGGAGAAGGUUGCUGGUACAGGUAUGGCCUUGACUGUCGCUACGGCCGUCGGUGGGCGUCUGGUUGGUGGCAUGGGUUGGAUGGACCAUGCGUUGAGUGCUGUGAAGAUCGUUGGGAACGACAACCUACGGAGGAUGAUCAUUCCUGGUCUGGUUAUAGCAGUCGUUUCCGCUACUGCUUACGUCCUUCGACAAAUUCCUCAGUCGCUACCCCAUCGCUUGUCUACCAAGCUCUCUACACAGCUUGCUGCCAUUGACUACGUCCACUCAAACAGUACACGUAUUUCAAGCUCCGUCCGCAAGGUUCUUCGAUUCCCUGCCGACAACCUUCGAGUUGCCCUGACCCGGUCUGUUGAGCAACUUGGCGCUCGACGCGAAGAGACCGUGAAGGUCCGCAAAGAGAGCGAGGUGGCCCUCAAAUAUUUCAGCAACCUCGUCCGAAAUAGCGCCCACCAACGCGCUCUCGUUGAGGAGGUCGAUCUUGAGGCACAUCCUCAAGGUGCCCUCGGCAUCAGCACUUCCUCCUAA